CGGGAACGCGGUGACAGCGACUGUCGCGCUGGUGCUGGCGCGGCACCACCCGCAGUUCCCGAUUCCCUCUCACCCUACCCUGUUUCCAGCGGCCUGAGCUCCUUCCGGCAGCGACACUGAGCUCUUCGCCAAGCGAAUCCUUGGAGAGAUUGUCUCUCCGAAAAGUCGAUCUUGCAGUUCGUUGAAAGGGAAAGACUGACUGGGCUCUUCACCAACUGAGCCCUUGCAGAGAACUGCCUUUGAAGAUCACUCGUGUCCUUUAUUGGAAGGCAAAAGUACUGUGUCUGGUUCUGAGACCUUCACUGCAGCAAAGAUUCUCCCUCCCCAAACUUGGUCCAGGGAGGGGGAACACAGCUGAUGCAGAGUCUAGAGGUGAGCUGAGACACAGUUACUGGUAGGACUUAUCCACCCACAACAUCCUUCAGAAUGGAUUCUGGAUUCCAGAGGAGAGAGGUGCUAGCUCGCCCUCUUAGGCCGAGAGAGGCUGAGAAGCCUGAGCGUCUGACCAUUUUUGACUUCAGGAAGGUGGGUCUCAGGUUCAGGAAGAAGCCGGACAGCCCUCAGGAGGCAAAGCUGCCCAAGACUGCCCUGCACCUAGGCACAAGUGAGAGCUCCAAUUACAAGUUCUCAUCACCUGAUCAGAACAAGACCUUGCUUGAGCCUUGCCCAUCUGAGCUGGUGUUUCAGAACUAUGUCCUCGGCGAGGUCUGUGAAAUGCCCCUGCUUCUGAGGAAUAGAGACAAGGUUACUCAGCUGGUGAAGGUCACCAUGGACAGCUCACCUUAUUUCAAGUUGGUCGGCCCCAAUGGUGUGUGCCAUCAGAUACCACCGGGCUCAUUUUGUACUAUAAACAUCCUUUUCAUCCCUGAUGGGAGCAAGGAUCAUUUCCACCAGCUUGUCUGCAUCAGUGAAAGGGAAAAGGUCUCUGUGCCAAUCCGAGCCAUUGGUGCCCGCCCAGUCUUGGACUUCCCUGACCAGCUGGACUUCUCGUCGUGUCCAGUCAACCACAGCACCCAGAAGACUCUGCUGGUUCACAACACUGGGAACCUGGAAGCCUGUUACAGCUUCAGCACUGAGAGCCCUUUCACUGUCGGUCCAGCCACUGGAACCCUCGAUGCUGGUGAAGCCAUGCAAGUGACAGUGGAAUAUCACCCGCUGGAGACCGGGCACCAUUCCACAUCCCUGGCAGUACACUGUGACAGAGGUUCAGGAACCCCAUUCAGUCUUCAUAUAAAAGCUGCUCUGUACUUUUAG